CAGGAAGUAGUACGACCGAAGUUGUACCGAGGAUAAGUGUAAUGAUUAUAGAAUUUGUUUGAUUUAAGAACACUGAACACAGAAGCGAUUCACGUUAAAUAAAAGUAACUGCGGAUUAUUAAACAAUUUAAAAAAUCAAAAUUGACUUUCAACAAGUAACUGCGCCACUGCCGGUUCCAAGCCCGACUAAAAGCAGGAGGAAAUAGAAAGUUAAUCAAAACCAUGGGAGGAUCUGGCAGCAAAAGUCUGGAAUUUGGUAGUUUGGAGAAAAACGAGAUGUGUGUGGUUACACCUAUUACAACAUACAGUAUAACAAUAAAUGGUAAUAAUAACUCAAUAAAUUUGGAAAGUAGUGGUAUUAUAAAUAUUAAAAGAAAAGUGAAGAAGGAUUUCUUCCAUGUGUUUAAGAAAAAGAAGAAAAAUGUUGACACAGAUGACGAUAAUGAAGUUACUGUUGAAUGCAGUGAAAAUGACGUUGAAAUUCAAAAGGAUUCAGCUGAUGAGAGUUUCUUGUCUAGAAACAGUUCAGAAAAAAGUGAAGGAGUAUUAUCCUCUGAUAACAGAUCUAUAGAAGUUGAAAAACAGCAAUAUGCAAGUUAUGAAAGGAAAAAUCAGAAUAUCCAGCCAUUUAUAUCAAGUUUAAAGGAAACAGAAUUGUAUUACAAAAGAAACAACUCACAUUUGGAAAUGGACAAUCCAACUGAAAUGGACAAAUUUGAGACAUUACGGACUGAAAAUGACAUAGUUCACAAUGAAAUUGGUGGCACUGAAAAUGUGCAAUCAAUGAAAGAUUUGAAAUCAACAGAAUCUAUUGAACCAAUUACAUGUAAUGAUGACUCCUUCAGAAAGGAUGUCACCAGAAGUGUCAAACAUUGCAAAAAUCAGGUAAAAAGGCAAUUUGACAACAGCACUGAAUAUGAAAAUUAUUCUGAUAGCUAUCAUUCCACUAUGAAUAGAUCUGUAAAAAUAGAAAAAGACUGUGACAGAUCAACAAGCAUUUGUACCAGUUGUGGGAUAUCAAGCCUGCUGAAAGAUUCAGAAUCAACAAAUGUUGAUGAUGGGAUAGAAAGUAGUGAUUUACCAUUUUAUCUUAUUACUCCUCAUUUGACAACUAGAAAAUCCUUUGAUUUUAGACAAUCAGUUACAGGUGUUACAAUAUCAGAUUCAGUAUAUCCUAGUGAUACACUUUCACUGUGUACUUCAGAUUAUUGGCCCAGUUCCAGUCCGAGUGACAUAUUACAAACAACUGACAUGCAUUAUAAUGAGAAAUUGUUGCCAGCUAGUGAAACGGACAAUUGUUUGAUACAUCAAUUGGAUAAUUGCUUUGAUCAGAAAUCUACAUUUGAAAAAGAUAAAACUGUUGAAAAGCUUAGCUUAUGUGAUAUUGGCAAUAUUGAUGGAAAAACUAAAGAACUUGAAUCUGCACGUGAAGUUGAUGAUAUAGAUGAAUGCAUUAUAAAAUUUGGGUCUACAUGUAAAGUUGACAAUAUUGCUGAAAAUGCACGAGAAUUUGGGUCUACUAAUGAAGACAAGAAAAUUGAUGACAAGGCAGUUGUUAUUAAUUACAUACCUGAGAUGGAAGAAAAUACGAGUGAUACUUUUUGUUUGGAUGAUGUUGCAACACUUGAUAUGGUUGAAAUAUUUUACAUGGUUUUAGAAAAUGGAAAUACAUGUAUAGAUUUAAGAGAUAUUUCUUUUUUAGUUUAUGUAGAUUUUAGAACUCUAAGUCCAGUUGUUUUGAAAUCAUUGGAGUUUUUGCAGACUGUAUCUACAGAUAUUUGUGAAUUUGAAAAUGUGCAUAAUCUUUCUUUAUGUGAAGCAUUAACACACAAAAGUGUAUGCAGAAAAUCAUUUGUUCAAGGUGGUAAAAAUGAACAUUCUAUAGAGGAGGAAGUCAGCUGCAACACUGAGAAUAGAGAACCCAAAGUUAAAGAAGAUACUAGCAUUGAUUGUGCUAGAUUGAGCUAUGAUGGAGAGAGAACACCCCUUGAAAGAAUUAAAUCUCAUCAUUCUUCCUCUUUCGGACAAGAACAAGAUUCAAGGACAGUUAUGGAAAAAAGCAAAGUAAAUGCCAAUAAGCUUAUGAAAGACAGAGAGAAGUCUUCAAAUAAAUCAAAUGUCUUGUCAAGAAGAAAGGAAGUGCAGCAGAAGAGGCAAAAAGAUUGCCAUUUCAAAGGAAUGGUAAACGGAGACCUAUCUGAUUCCAGUUUAGAAGAUUCUGAGUAUUUUGGCAAAAAUUCCUGUGCCUAUUGCAAAAUUGAUCUUGACAUUAAAAACAAUAAAUGCAAACACCAUAAGAAGAUAAGGUCACCAUUUAAUGAAGUAGAUGAGUCUGGCAACUUUGAAAAUAAUGAAAACAAAUUAUUUACAUUGAAGCAAACAAACAUCGAUUCUGGAAUAUCAUCUUCUGGCCCAAUAAGCAGCUUCGAGCAGCAGGAAAAGUUGACACGUUUUAGAAAGAAAAAGAAUGAACGUAUUAAAAAGAAAAAGAAUGAAAUUCAGAAUGGUAAAAUAUUAAAGGGCAGAAAACUACAAGAUCAAUCUUGGUGUUUUAAUAUCAACAGACAGAUUGCCAAGCAAGUUGUGAGAGAAAUUUACUUACCUCCUAGAAGUUUUCCAGCAUUUGGGUUAGGAUCUUAUUUUGAUAGAUUCCGUAAUGGUUUAACUCCAACAACACAAGAGCGAAUGCAGUAUGAAUGGCUUAGACUUUCAACUUUCCACAAUUAUGAAGGAAAUGGAAAUGCCAUUGUUCUUGCUAGGAAUGGAUUCUAUCAUGAUCAUACUGAAGGACCAACUUCUACAAGGUGUUUCCUUUGUGAAGCUCGUAACUCUAAUUGGGAAAUGUUUGCGAAUGUUAGUUCAGAACAUAGACGUCAGUCACCAAAUUGUCCCUUUCAUGAGAACAGUGGACAAGAGUCUGUAAAUGUAUCAAUAACUUACGAAGACAACGUUACAGGAUCGUCAGCAGCCCCACCAACAACAACAUCAGGCUCUACUCCUACAGUAACAGUAACAUCUUCAGCUUCUUCUGUUGCUACUGCAGCAGUCAAUGAAGCUCUGAGAAGUCUUCAGAUUGGUCAGGCUUCUUCUCAUGGAGCAGAAAGUAUCUCACAACAACCUACAGAAGAUAGAGAGAGUGAUCGAUCAAUGCUGGCCUUGUCCCAGCCUCGUACCUUACGAGCCCUUGGCCGUACUGGACACUCAUAUGCAUCUAUUAUGGCACCUACAAGGAAUAAUGUUGCCUCUGGUGCAAGAAGUAAUGUUGGGGUUGAUCCUGGAAGAGAUGUUUCAAGAAGUACUUCAAGCCAGAUUCCCGGAAUUCGACCGUCUUCCAUUUUAGGGGGUCCUGUUGGUGCUGGGGCUUUUGCUGGUUUGAAUUCUAGUGGCUUAACACCAGUCUCUAGAGCAAAGGAAAAUUUACAACAGAGUAAUGUCCCUACCCCAGCAGUGGAAGCAGCCACUGGAGCAAGGCAGUCUAACCCAGCACCAGGCGCAGGGGGUAGAACUGAUCCUAACAUCACUGUUGUUGUAGAUAACCCAAAACAUCCAGACUAUGUGAAUGUAGAGUCACGAGUUAACACUUACCAAGGAUGGCCAGAUUAUCUAGAUCAGACUCCCAGACAAAUGUCAGAGGCUGGCUUCUUCUUUGUGGGUGUAGCAGAUUUCACACGUUGCUUCUGCUGUGGCGGAGGUUUAAGAAAUUGGGAACCAGGAGAUGACCCCGUUUUGGAGCAUACCAGAUGGUUUCCUCGUUGUGAAUAUAUUAACAAACUAAAGGGGGAGAGAUAUGUGGCUGCUGUACAGAGACGUCAUGAACAACAUAUGGCUGAACAGCAGAGACAGCAGACAGAACUAGCACAAAGACGUGAUGAGAGCCGUAAUGACCCUGAUCCAUUGACGAUAGAGGCUGCAAUUCAGCUACAAGACAUGGGUUAUAGUGCAGAACGAACUCGACAGGCAGUUAUAGCUGUACGACAGCAAACAGGACAGUCAAUUCCUACCACAGAACAAGUGUUGACCUGGUUACUGGACAAUGAAGAAAGAGAAAAUGGUAGUGGAAUGACUACAGAGUUUGGAGUGAGACCUCAACCUAGUGAGACAUCCGCUGUAGCAACUACUGUUGUGGGAACCAGUGUUCCUUCCUCAACUAUCAGUACUCCUACAACUAUUGUGGGAACCAGCAUACCUACUUCUAUUGUGAACACAGGAUUUGGUAUCCCAACUACCAUUGUGGGAACCAGCGUCCCCACUUCUAUUGUUGGUACCAGCAUUCCAUCCUCAAUUUUAAAUGCAGGAACCAGUUUUGAGUCGUCCUCCACAUUUUAUACAGGGUUCAAUGCUCCAUCUACUCUAGUAGAAUCUGUAAGCAUCAUAGGUACACCCAAUGUACACACUAUUUCUAGCACUUCUUCUUCCACGUCACAAGUGGGUGCUGGUACUACAACAUCUACUGUGAGCUCAACUUCUACAUCUGCUACAGCCAAGGUCCAGCCAUCUGUUGCUUCAGCAACAGCAGAAGGUGUAACAGAAGGAAGUUCUUCUGCGACUGGUUCUGAGAAUAAUUCGGGCUCUAAUGAAGCUAAAGGAUCAAACACAGAGAAGCAGUCUGCAGCAUCUGGUGACAGUGAUGAAUCCAAGCAAACAGCUAAAGAUCCAAGUAGCAAUGAACCUUCGAACAAAUCAAACAAGAAGAAGAAUGGUAAGAAAAAGGCUAAAAUGAAACCAAAGUCGGACACGGCUGGUGCUACAGGGGGAGAUGUAGAUGCACAGUCAUUGAAAGCAGAGAAUGAAAAGUUGAAAGAAAUGCAGACAUGUAAAAUAUGUAUGGAAAGGCCUGUUAGUACCACAUUAUUACCUUGCGGUCACCUUGUAUGCUGUGAAACCUGCGCAGGACGUUUACAACGAUGUCCAAUAUGUAGAAAGCGGAUAAAAGGCACAGUGAAAACAUUCAUGUCUUAAGAAAUGAGAAUCAGUCACCAAA